AAUUGGAAGAUGAAAAAAUGAGUGAACAAAUGCCAUGCCGCGCCGUGUGAGAGAGCACCCAAUACAAAGGAGCAGUCGCAUUCGCAGCAGCAGAGUUGAAAAAGUUUGCGGGCGGGUUACACAAAAAAGUCGUGAGCUCGAAGAAAUUUGUGAAUAACUCCAGCAAAGCGAAUUGUAUUAAUUGGAAUUUAUCAAUAAAAAUUGGAAAACAGUGCAAGUGCAUAGUGUGAUUUAAUGAAAUGUCCAUGAAACGACCCAACGAUAUUUGAAUAAUAUACACAUACAUACGUAUGUAUGCAAGCAUAUAGAGUAAAGCACAGUAAAAUAAGGAAGUAAGAAAUAAAUAGUGCAGCGAAAUUGUGAAUAUUUAAAACGAAAGUAGAAAAUUAAGAAAAAACGCAGAUUGAGUAAAAAACUUAAUAAGCAGUGAAACGCAUAGAAAGCACAACAUAAAAUAAAUAAAAAUAAAAUAAAACUGCAACAGCAGCAUCAGAAAAACUACCAGUAACAACAAAAAACAUUGUAACAACUUGUGUUCAACAGCAGGCGCUUCUUGUUAGCAAUUGCAUUGCAAUAUAUUCGCUUUAAUCGAAGAAGCUAAGCACUUUAAUUUUUUGUCUCCGCCAAGCACAAAAAAGUCUCCACUUGAAACACCAUGGGAUGCACCACAUCGGCCGAAGAGCGUGCUGCCCUCCAGCGUUCAAAGCAAAUCGAAAAGAAUCUGAAAGAGGAUGGCAUUCAGGCGGCGAAAGACAUCAAACUUUUGCUACUGGGUGCUGGUGAAUCGGGCAAAAGCACAAUAGUGAAACAAAUGAAAAUUAUUCACGAAAGCGGGUUUACCCCAGAGGACUUCAAACAAUAUCGGCCGGUUGUCUACAGCAACACAAUACAAUCAUUAGUUGCCAUACUUAGAGCAAUGCCAAACCUCAGUAUUCAGUACAGCAAUAAUGAACGAGAGAACGAUGCAAAAAUGGUAUUUGAUGUUUGCCAACGCAUGCACGACACGGAGCCUUUCUCAGAGGAGCUUUUGGCUGCCAUGAAACGAUUGUGGCAGGAUGCUGGUGUUCAAGAGUGCUUCUCACGUAGCAACGAAUAUCAAUUGAAUGAUUCCGCUAAAUAUUUCCUCGAUGAUUUGGAUCGGUUAGGCGCCAAGGAUUACCAACCAACCGAGCAGGACAUUCUACGCACUCGUGUCAAGACGACUGGUAUUGUUGAAGUGCACUUUUCCUUCAAGAAUCUCAAUUUCAAACUAUUUGAUGUUGGCGGUCAGCGAUCGGAGCGAAAGAAAUGGAUACAUUGCUUCGAAGAUGUGACUGCGAUUAUUUUCUGCGUUGCCAUGUCUGAAUAUGAUCAAGUCUUGCAUGAAGAUGAAACCACGAACCGAAUGCAAGAGUCCUUGAAGCUGUUUGAUUCCAUUUGCAAUAAUAAGUGGUUCACGGACACCUCCAUAAUUUUAUUUUUAAAUAAAAAGGAUUUGUUUGAGGAAAAGAUUCGCAAGAGUCCAUUGACAAUCUGCUUCCCAGAAUAUACAGGUGGUCAAGAGUACAGUGAAGCUGCUGCGUAUAUUCAGGCACAAUUCGAAGCGAAAAACAAAUCAACCUCAAAAGAAAUCUACUGCCACAUGACGUGCGCCACAGAUACGAACAAUAUACAGUUUGUUUUUGAUGCGGUAACGGAUGUGAUUAUUGCCAACAAUUUGAGAGGCUGCGGUCUGUAUUAAGUAAUAAAAACUAAAGUCCAGUGCCGCAAGCAAACAAGCAGCGCAUUGCAAGAAUCAUUGUCGGACUCCAUCACCACCGCUCCAACUACUACUACGAUUACCAACUACAACUACAUACCACUACUGCAAUCACAAACGCAACCAGAACAACAGCUACUACUAACUAAAUACUAACAUUAUCAACUCAUCCAAAAAGUACCAAACUAAAGUAAAGAGGUCAAUGCCAAGCAGACUCAUUUUAAUACCUGUGAAUAACUGCGGAAAGAUUUCAAGAAUUUUUAGUAUUUUCUCUGAUAUGAACGAGACAAGAGUUUAUCGAAAACAUCAGCGUAACGAAACAAGGCAAAAAUGUUUUUGUACCAAUUCAAUGGAUUAUUAAAUCUACUACUUAGCUAUUUUACUUUUAAAUAAUUGCAAAUUUAGUUCCAUGAUUUUAUUAUUUUCUUUGAGAACCAAAACAAAAAAAGAAAAUUUCGAAAUAUCACAGGACUAAUAUUUAAACUGCAAAAGAUUUAUGUGAUUAUAUAAUGACGAUGAUGGCGGUGAGUGAUGGAUAGCUGAUUGAAUGGUUUGUUAAGGCGUUGUGCUUUAAAUUGGAGCCGAAAGCUAACGCAACAACCACAGCAGUAGCAGCAGAAGAGCGAAAUGUACAUUUUAGUCAAGCAAAAUAAACAAAAGAACAAAGUAAAACAUAAACGCACACACAAACACACACACACAAUGGCAUCAAAACACACAAGGAACUUUAUUACUUAUUAAGCUUAUUAAGAAGAAGAAGAAAAACACAACAAGCAAACUUUAUUAUAAUAGCCAGAGAAAACAAAUAAUUAAACAAUUUAAGAAACAGUCAAUGUUAAGUUCUUAUACAUACAUACAUGCAUACAUAAAAAAAACCUGGUCACUGUAAUGUAAAAUCUUUGCCGAUUCACUGUAAAAAGCCGAAUGAUUAAUGUAUGUACUGUAGAUACAUACAAACAUUAGAAAAGAGGUGAAAACAACAAAAUAAGUGUAAUACGUAAAUCAAAAAUUCGACUUAGAGCAUAUGCACCGUUACUUCUCUUCUAGUGUACUCUAAACGACAUACAUAUGUACAUUAGGCUGAUACUAAGACGACUAAAAGCUAAAGUGACCGAUUAUUACAUACACAUGGAGACAUUAUACAAACAUAAUUAUAAAUUGAUUUCCUUUGCUAGUAGAACGCUGAUGGUGAACACGCACACUACUAUAUAAAUUACAUGCAUACCUUUAAAUCAGCACAAAUAGGAACGGAACGAACGCACACAAAUGCAAAAUGUACUAAAAGUGCAAAAUCAAAUAAACAGAAAAUACGUAUGAAAGGAAAUCGGCACAAAUGAGUUCAGUUUAGACAAUUUUUGUGUUGUUUUUUUUUUUUUAAUUAACUUUAACUUUAGACUGCGUGUACGGAUUUCACAUUUGAUAUCAAGGCGAAGUGGUUUGCUAAAAACUGCAGAAAUACUUUUUUUAUAUUUGUUGUUUUUUUGAUUUUGUGUUUAGAUCGACGGCUAUUUUUGUAGGUUUUUCGUAUUGCAAUGUUAUUGAAAGAGCGACUGAAGUUGUGGCCAUAGUAUUUUACGAAGAAAAAAUCCGAAUUUUUUGCUAUUUUUUGUUUUCUAUAUUGUUGCGUAUUAGUGUUCAAAUAUUUUUAUUUGGCUUCUCGCCUAUUGGAUUGCUCAUCACUAAUUGUUUUUCAUAAUAAAGUACUAUAGUAUUUUUACCAAAUUUUGAAUCACCUUGAUCUUCAAGAAAAUUUUGCAAUGCUUAUGGCUCUGAUAGUCUGGCGAUGUAUGUGUUUCUUCAACCAAAGCAAUAAUCAAUUAAAAUAUUACCAUUUGUAUUGUUAUUAAAGUUUGAUCAAGCGCAGUAAGGAUCUCAAAAGGAAAAUAUUUAAUAGUGAAGCUUAGAGAAUUCCCCUUAUUGCAUACUAAAUUUUAUGCUUCUCAAAAUUUGGCUACACCCUGCAUUAGUAAUGGCGCAAAGAGAAAAUACGGGACUUAUUCUAGCGAGCUUACGCUUUUGAUACAGUAUGCAAUUCUUAUAGCAUUGCUGAUCGUGCGAUCUUCAGCGAAAUUCUUCAUGUUUCUUUAUGCAUCUCAGAGUGAGCUUUAAUAAAAUUCUCAGAAGGAAAGUAGUAUUUAAAAGAAUAUUAAAGUUUUUCUGUAAAUUUGUGGGGCAUGUAUGUAGAUCAUGCGAACUUCAUUGAAAUUUUUGAAAUUGUUUAAGCUCCAAAAGAAUUAGUAAAAUUAACAGAAUAAAAAAAUGCAAUAUUGUAUGUUUAUUUCACGAUGAAUGUUAAUUUAAAAAUAUUCUCCAAAAAUUUAAAAAUAUUUCACCCGCUCUGCGAGUGUCGCUUAGUAAUAGAUAAACGACUGCCAAGCAAUUAUCGACUAUCUUUGGCUUUAGUUGUACGAGUACAUAUAACUCAAUAGAUAAAAGUCUAUUCUAAUGCCAGUCGGCAUUCGCAAUAAGGGUGUCCUAUUUUGUUUAAGCUUCUAUCGAAAUAUAUACUUUUUUCGUUGGUAGGAAAGAUAAAUGAAAAAUGCACACAUUGCUGCCAUUUCUUUUUGAAAUUUCUUCAGCCAUAUUCAAACCAAACUCAUUAAUGUCGACACGUUUACGGACUGAAUUUCCCCAUUCAUUCGCGCGUUAUUUAAAAAUAAACAUGGCAAACAUUUAUUUAACUGCUUGCAACUCUAAAAGUAUCAUUCUAAGAGCAGUUUAUGCAAAUAUGCCGGAAGAAAUUGUUAUUAUUUAUUUUCCAACAUGGCAAAAUAUUUCGAAGAGAUUGUUAGUAUUUUAUUAAAUUAUAUUUAUACUGUUUCUAUUUUAUUACUUUAAUUUACAACAAAUAUGUAGGCAUGAAAUAUAAAGUUUUAGUUGCUCUUUUGAAUAUUUCAAACGUUUUAGAGCAGAAACCAUGUAAAAAAUAAUAAUCCAUUACUCUUCACAGCUAUUCAAUACUUUUAGUCAUUUGGGAAUGCCAUUCAUUAUAUUUGUACUGGAAAUGACAGGCCUCUUUAGUAUUCCAAUUCCAAUUGAAAAGGUAGAUAAUAAUAUAAGAUUUUAUAAGUUUUGAAAAUUUUUGUGAAAUUUCGUGUCUGAACAACCGUUAUAAAAUUUUACAUAUGCGCUAAAAAAAACACGCACCUACUGCCCUAACCACUAUAAAGUCGUAUCGCUACGAUUUUUGCUCAUAUAUACUGGAUUGCAAAGUUAUAAAUACACUAUUAUCAAAAAAAUAUAGUUUAUACUAAAAAAAAAAAAAAAAAACAUUCACAAUACAACAGAAUGCAAAGUUUAAAAUUUCUUUAAAAUUUUAUCUAAGCCUUAAACUUUUUAAUUUUAAACUUUUGACCUUUAGUAUAACAAAGUGCAAGUUUCUAGUGACUACAAAAUACCGCUGAUUUUUGUAAUUUUUUUUUUAUUUGUUGACGAUGCUAGGCUUUGUCUUCCAUAUAAUUAUGGAGUGAGUAUCGAAAAAAAGUGUAACAUCUGAGCGAAAAAAAACAUUGUCAAAAAUCAAAGGCAUACACAGCAAAUUUGCUUUCGUUUGUUAAAGAUGCUACCAUUAAGUUUUAGCAUAGCCUUAAAUACCAAUGAUCUCACAGACGAUGGAAUACCCUGACGUUUUGUGAAUUUUCAUCCCGCCAUUUAAAUAAAAGUUAAAAAGA